CUGUAUAUAAACGCCAAAUAUAGCAAGUUGAUAAUUGCAAAUAGAGUUUAGUUGAGUCUGAAACGUUGAAAGGAGAACUUCAAUACCAAUCCAAAAUGUUUAACAAAGCGGUGAUUUUAAGUGUGCUUAUUGCUUUCAUCUGUGUGCAGUUUGCCACCUCUCUCACCUGUUAUACCUGUGUAAAUGCAAAUGAUUGCAAGAAUGCUAGGAAAACGACCUGUUCCAAUGCUGCUGCCAAUGAGACAAGUCUGUAUCUUGGUGUUUAUCAUGACAAUGUGAGACAGUUUAACAGCGUGAGGUUUGACUGUCUCGCUCUGAAGUAUACCUUUCCCAACAACAACUCAAUAAGUCAUCAGCUGCAUGGCUGUGUCCAUCCCAAUGUGGGAGCUUGUACUUUGCCCCUAAGGCCUCAAUAUUCCAACUGGAGGAAGACCAAGUGUACCAUCUGCUCCGGUGAUAAGUGCAACAAGAAUCCCGCCGGAAAGAUGAGCAGCAGUGUUUAUACAAUUGUAGCCACUGUAUUGGGCCUAGUGUUGGCCAAGAUCUAUGCCUAGACAUAUUAUGGACUAGUUAGUAAUACAAUAAAUCAACUAUUUUUUUUAGAAA